UCCUGAGGGAACAAAGGUUACAGUCGUAACCCAAAACAUAUUUGCAGUCUAAAGUCUAUUGGACAGUUUAAACAAUUACACAAGUUAUCUUUAAAACUUUAAAAGAGAACCUUAAUUCAGUUGAUUCAGCACAUCGCUAGAAACCGAGAGCACAACAAUGAUUAUUUUUAUAACGGUUUUAAUGCUCAAUGUGUGGGCUAUAUCGGCAGAUGAGGUACUUUCACCAAACAUAAACAUCAUUGAAGAACUGGGGAAAAUAAAGAACAUGGAAACAAUAAUGAAAUCUCUGGAGACUGAAAUGGAGCGACUAAGAACAGAAAACAAAGAACUGACUGCCACUGUAACAGAGCAGAAAGAAAACAUCAGAGAACUGAGGAAUGAGAUGAAGAAGAAAAAUGAAGAAAUUUCAAAUCUUACUCUGAGUCAAGUGGAGUUGAGAAAGGAAAAUAGAGGCAGAGAAAUAGCUUUUUCAGCUUCACUGGUGGAAUCUGGCGAUGAAUAUAUUGGUCCUUUUACCACUCACUUCACACUAACCUACAAGAACGUCUUCACAAACAUAGGGAAGGCCUACAACCCAUUUACAGGUAUUUUCACAGCCCCACUGAAAGGAGCGUACAUGUUCAGAGUCUCUAUAUAUGGUGUUGCCGGAACUGCAGCAACUGUAUCCAUUAUUAAGAAUGGAGAGAUUGUGGUUUCAGCAUAUGAUGAACAGCCUCAGGGUGCAUUAAACUCCUCAAAUGGAGUUGUGUUGAUCCUGGAGGUUGGAGAUGUUGUCUAUGUUAGACUUAAGGCUGGCAGGAGGAUAUAUGAUAACGAGAAUAACCACAGCACUUUCAGUGGUUUCCUACUGUUUCCCUUAAAAUAACAGGAGAUUUGAAGAAUGUGAUUCUAGUCAUUCUGAACCUUCAGCGUAUGAUUUAAGAUGAAAAUCAUGAAGAAUCAUUAACAUAUAAACCUGUAUUAAUGAGGACUUUAAAUAGAUUACUGUAUAAAGUCAGUAUAAUACACUAUAUUCAUAAGUUCUGAUCUGUCUAUACAUGUAAGUUUGUAUAAAGAGUUUCAGCACUGAAACAGACAGGACCCAUGAAUAUCACAUGUGACUCAAAAGUGUUUUGUUAAAGUAGUAAAUCUAGAAAGUUAAAUAAUCCCUUUUUAUGAGUAUCUUGUUACUGAUCCUUGAUCUGUAUCUCUUCAUCCUACAGAAAUAAAUAAGAGAAUAAAGAGA